CUAUUCGACAUAAAAUAUUAAUAUUCUGUUAAAAAAUUCAGACUGAAGCACCUUACUCUCGUUUAUCGACACCUCUUGCUUUUCGACAGAUUCGUACUUUAACACUAUAAGACUAGCAUGCCGGUGUGGGAUAGUAGUCUAAUGGUCCGGACCUGUGGGCUGCUGUACGUGAACUUUACAUUUUUCUGCUCGCGCGCGGUAAAACGUUUGGUCCGAGCGCACAAAUGGACACGGGUUUUGUGGCUGAAUAUAGGAGGUUUAAACGACGUCUUUGAAGUGGACGCUUCCCAGGGUCGCGUGCCGAUUUUUCUGAGCUGUAUGCGGACUGCGCACGCGGGUCCGCAGUGGCGGGUUGCGCGCGUGCGUUUGCGCGUACGCGGGUGCUGCUGUUGUAAUUUCACGUCACAUCAAGUUUGAUCAGCGGUCCGAUUGGAUGAUCUACAGUGCUGUCCUGAAUUGAGAAGCUCUUGUGCUUGUUUGCUCGUAUUCGGCUCUCGUCCUGUAGCCCGAAUGCACCUAUCCGGCAUCGCGUGAGGGAGUCGGUGCACAUCUGGAGGAUUUUGUUGUCGCCCUCUCGCCCGGUCUGGAUGUUGCGCGCGAGCUGAAGAAUUCUAGAGGUCGGAGACAAAAUGCGGCGGCGAGCGCACGCGAGCGUCCUGCUCCUGCCGUGGCUGGUGCUGCAAACACAGGCAGGCUUUCCAAACCAGAUCAAUAUCGGUGGUCUCUUCAUGCGCUCCACGGUUCAGGAACACAGCGCGUUCCGCUUCGCCGUUCAGCUCUACAACACCAAUCAGAACAUUACUGAGAAACCCUUUCACCUGAAUUAUAACGUGGACAAUCUGGAGUCGUCCAAUAGCUUCUCAGUCACGCACGCGUUCUGUUCUCAGUUCUCCAGGGGUGUGUAUGCAAUAUUUGGAUUCUAUGACAGGAGGUCAAUGAACACAUUAACAUCGUUCUGCGGCGCUCUGCACACCUCCUUCAUCACUCCAUCUUUUCCCACGGACACAGAUGUGCAGUUUGUCCUGCAGAUGAGGCCGAGCCUCCGGGGGGCGCUGCUCAGCUUGCUAGCCCAUUACAAAUGGGAGAAAUUUGUCUACCUGUAUGACACUGAUCGAGGGUUUUCCAUCCUACAGGCCAUCAUGGAAUCCGCAGUGAUGAAUAAUUGGCAAGUGACGGCGCGUUCAGUGGGGAACAUAGUGGAUCCGCUGGAAUACCGACGCAUUAUUGAAGAAAUGGAUCGUCGGCAGGAGAAACGCUUCCUUAUCGACUGUGAGGUUAAACGCAUCAACAGUAUUCUAGAGCAGGUUGUGAUCUCAGGAAAGAACAGUCGAGGAUAUCAUUACAUCCUGGCUAAUCUUGGGUUCUCUAACAUGAGUUUGGAUAAGGUGUGUUCAGGUGGAGCAAAUAUUACCGGAUUCCAAAUCAUAAAUUCUGAUAGCCCGAUUGUGCAGCAGUUUCUCCAGCGCUGGGAGCGGCUCGAUGAGAGAGAGUUCCCUGAGUCUAGAAACACUCCCCUAAAGUAUACAUCUGCACUGACACACGAUGCCAUCCUGGUGAUCGCUGAGGCAUUUCGGUAUUUGAGACGUCAGCGCGUUGAUAUUUCCCGUCGAGGGAGUGCAGGCGACUGCCUUGCCAACCCGGCCGUACCAUGGAGCCAGGGAAUCGACAUUGAAAGAGCUCUCAAAAUGGUUCAGGUUCAGGGUAUGACGGGAAAUAUUCAGUUCGACUCCUUUGGACGGCGAUCAAAUUACACCAUUGAUGUUUAUGAAAUGAAAACGGGAGGAGCCAGAAAGAUUGGCUACUGGAAUGAAUACGAGAAAUUUGUUUAUAUAGUGGAGCAGCAGGUUACCAACGAAUCCUCCUCUGUGGAAAACAGAACCAUUGUGGUCACUACUAUCAUGGAAGCUCCAUAUGUAAUGUACAAGAGGAAUUAUAUGCAGAUGGAUGGAAAUGAUCGCUAUGAGGGCUACUGUGUAGACUUGGCAUCAGAAAUCGCGAAGCACGUCGGCAUUAGGUACAAACUGUCCAUUGUAGCUGAUGGGAAAUAUGGAGCACGCGACCCUGAGACCAAGACCUGGAACGGCAUGGUGGGGGAGUUGGUAUAUGGGAGGGCAGAUAUAGCUGUGGCUCCUCUCACUAUAACCCUUGUCCGGGAGGAGGUGAUAGAUUUCUCCAAGCCCUUCAUGAGUCUGGGCAUUUCCAUCAUGAUCAAGAAACCACAGAAGUCCAAACCGGGAGUCUUCUCCUUCCUAGACCCAUUGGCGUAUGAGAUCUGGAUGUGUAUCGUGUUUGCAUAUAUCGGUGUGAGCGUGGUUCUCUUCCUGGUGAGUCGUUUCAGUCCAUACGAAUGGCACCUGGACGAGAAUGAAGAGGCGAAGGAUCCGCAGACGCCACCUGACCCGCCCAACGACUUUGGCAUCUUUAACAGUCUCUGGUUCUCUCUUGGAGCUUUCAUGCAGCAAGGAUGCGAUAUCUCGCCAAGGUCUCUGUCUGGCCGUAUUGUUGGAGGUGUGUGGUGGUUCUUCACUCUGAUCAUCAUUUCAUCCUACACUGCCAAUCUGGCUGCUUUCCUGACUGUGGAAAGGAUGGUCUCGCCUAUAGAGGGCGCAGAAGACCUGGCCAAGCAGACUGAGAUCGCCUACGGAACGCUCGACUCCGGUUCCACUAAAGAGUUCUUCAGGCGUUCAAAGAUCGCCGUCUACGAGAAGAUGUGGUCCUACAUGAAGUCCGCCGAGCCUUCCGUGUUCGUUAAGACCACCCCCGACGGAGUGGCUCGCGUGCGCAAGUCAAAGGGGAAGUUUGCGUUCCUGCUCGAGUCCACGAUGAACGAAUACAUCGAGCAGAGAAAGCCUUGCGACACUAUGAAGGUGGGAGGGAACCUGGACUCCAAGGGCUACGGUGUGGCCACGCCCAAAGGGUCGGCAUUAAGAAGCGCUGUAAACCUGGCGGUGUUAAAGCUGAAUGAGCAGGGCCUGCUGGACAAGCUGAAAAAUAAAUGGUGGUACGACAAGGGAGAGUGCGGCAGCGGGGGAGGGGACUCGAAGGAUAAGACCAGCGCGCUGAGUCUCAGUAACGUGGCCGGCGUGUUCUAUAUCCUGGUGGGGGGUCUUGGUCUGGCUAUGACUGUGGCUCUGGUGGAGUUCUGCUAUAAGUCGCACCAGGAGACCAAACGACUCAAACUUGCCAAAAAUGCCCAGAACUUCAAACCAGCUCCUCCGUCCACUGCACAGAGUUUCACCACAUACAGAGAAGGCUAUAACGUCUACGGAACAGAGAGCGUCAAAAUAUAAUGAUUUGAAGCCUGUCCCUUGCUGAUCAUGUCGUAUGCGGCAUGGGAUAGACUCUCCGUCUCUUUGAGGCGACUGUGAUUUCCCUUUAGAAAGUGGACACGCACCCAACCAAAACCCAUCUCACCGAAACAUUUGUCUUCUCGGCUCUGACCACAACCUGAACCAAUCACGCGACAGACUAUCGGAUGGACCAAACACCCGCCCACCCUCUCUCAGUGCCUUACUGAACCAGUGGCAAAACAACGAAACAUGCAGGCCAUCCCACCAAAGUCCUGGAGAUGUCCUGCUGGGUGCUGGGUCUCAAACCAUAUUUAAAACGUAUUCUUAUUAUGAGAGGGAAAGACGGUGAAGGAGGGAGGGAGGGAGAGAUAGACACACACACCAUAGAGAGGUUUGAUCUCCUGAUCAGUGAUGACAAGUGUUUAACGAGCGACAGUCAGCUUGUCUCCAUAAAAACUCACACCAAAAGAGUUUCUGCAAACAAACAUAUUAUGCAAACUGUAGUAAAUGUUUUUGAAGGAUUCUGCUCAUUAAUUUGUUUCAAAAAUGUGUGCUGUGAUUCUGUCCUCAUCAACUUAUGUUAUGAAUAAUGUAAAUAAUAAUUUCAGAUACAUUAUGGCAUCAGAGAACUUCUGUCAAUAUUGUUUUCCUUUCACAAGUUACAGUUUAUUUCGAUUUAUUAUUUCAUAGUGCAUUUGCUUUAGCAGGAGAGUGAAUUCAUGCUGUGUGCGUGUGUGUGUGUGAGAGAGUUAAUAUUACCGUUUUGUGUACUCAAAACCCAACAAGGGUGGAAGAUGCUGAAUUGUUAUUGCCAUAUUACUUUAUUCUUAAACAUAGGAGAUAAAUAAUGACAACACAUUCAUAUAGCAUCUGCAACAACAAAAAAAUCAUAUUCGUCACUAUCAUGGAUAAGUUCUUCAAGUCAAGUUUAGGAAACAACAGCAAAAUGUUUAAUAGUUUGUAUACUUUGGUUUUAAAAAUACUUUAAUAAACUGUGAUUGUCACAGGUAUGAUAUCUGUUAAACCAAUUUAAAAAAGAAAGGAAAACACAUGGAUCUUUGAUUUUAUAAAUCCAGAUAAAGCCACUCUGUUGAAAUUCUUAACAUUUGUUUAGAUGGUAAAAUGCAUAUUUAUUUUGAAGAUUUUAUAUAACUGACUUCUGUAUGAUUUCUAAGUGAACUUGCAUGUACAGUAAGGAUGAAAACUGCUUUCCCCUCAGUAAAGCCUCCCUUGACAUGCCCCUCUUCCCAUAUCCUCCUCCAUUCCUGGUUAAUAAUAAUAAAAGAAUGAAUAGAAAACAAUGAAAUGAUCUAGAUACAUCCUGACGAAAACAAUAGUCUGUCCCGCUGCAUGACUGCAUCCCACUUAAACAUUUAAGUAUAUUUUGUAAAUAAAGACAGAUUUAA